AUGCUCAGGUCCCUGUGCGACAUCCAAAAGUCUGGACUGAAGGUUCUGCUGACGUGGGAAGGGGAGGAGAGUCUGAAGGAAGGGGAGGGGAAAGCAGCGCAGAAAGCGCAGAGACCGAGGAGGCGUCCCGCGGCUGCAGAGCUGCAGAGCGGGGUCUCUUCGGGCUCUCGGUGUCUGGGCAUCCGGCGCGCAUCUGGGCCAAAGGACAGCGCAUCCCUUCGGCGCGGACCGGGAGGCCCCUGCGGGGCGCUGGGCGGCGGCCAGCAGCUGCAGCUCGGCCUCUGUUGCUUGCCCGUGCUCUUCGUGGCACUCGGUUUGGCCUCGGACCCCAUCUUCACGCUGGCGCCCCCACUGCAUUGCCACUACGGGGCCUUCCCCCCCAAUGCCUCGGGCUGGGAGCAGCCUCCCAAUGCCAGUGGCGUCAGCGUCGCUGCUAGCGCAGCUUUAGCAGCGAGCACCGCCAGCCGCGUAGCCACCAGCACGGACCCCGCGUGCAGCGGCUUCGCCCCGCCGGACUUCAACCACUGCCUGAAGGACUGGGACUAUAACGGGCUCCCGGUGCUCACCACUAACGCCAUCGGCCAGUGGGAUCUGGUGUGUGACCUGGGCUGGCAGGUGAUCCUGGAGCAGAUCCUCUUCAUCUUGGGCUUUGCCUCCGGCUACCUGUUCCUGGGUUACCCCGCAGACAGAUUUGGCCGUCGCGGGAUUGUGCUGCUGACUCUGGGACUGGUGGGUCCCUGUGGAGUGGGAGGGGCUGCCGCAGGCUCCUCCACAGGCGUCAUGGCCCUCCGAUUCCUCCUGGGCUUUCUGCUUGCUGGUGUUGACCUUGGUGUCUACCUGAUGCGCCUGGAGCUGUGCGACCCAACCCAGAGGCUUCGGGUGUCCCUGGCAGGGGAGUUGGUGGGGGUGGGAGGGCACUUCCUGUUCCUGGGCCUGGCCCUUGUCUCUAAGGACUGGAGAUUUCUGCAGCGAAUGAUCACCGCUCCCUGUAUCCUCUUCCUGUUUUAUGGCUGGCCUGGUCUGUUUCUGGAGUCUGCACGGUGGCUCAUAGUGAAGCGGCAAAUCGAAGAGGCCCAGUCUGUGCUGAGGAUCCUGGCUGAGCGGAACCGGCCCCACGGGCAGAUGCUGGGGGAGGAAGCCCAGGAGGCCCUGCAGGACCUGGAGAACACCUGUCCACUGCCCGAAACAUCCACCUUUUCCUUUGUGGCUCUCCUCAACUACCGCAACAUCUGGAAGAAUCUGCUUAUCCUGGGCUUCACCAAUUUCAUUGCCCACGCCAUUGGCCACUGCUACCAGCCUAUGGGAGGAGCAGGGAGCCCAUCAGACUUCUACUUGUGCUCCCUGCUGGCCAGCGGCACAGCGGCCCUAGCCUGCGUCUUCCUGGGGGUCACCGUGGACCGAUUCGGCCGCCGGGGCAUCCUGCUUCUCUCCAUGACCCUCACUGGCAUUGCGUCCCUGGUCCUGCUGGGCCUGUGGGAUUAUCUGAAUGAGUCUGCCAUCACCACCUUCUCUGUCCUCGGACUCUUCUCUUCCCAAGCUGCUGCCAUCCUCAGCACCCUCCUUGCUGCCGAAGUCAUCCCUACCACUGUCCGGGGCCGAGGCCUGGGCCUGAUCAUGGCUCUGGGGGCCCUUGGAGGGCUGAGUGGCCCAGCCCAGCGCCUCCAUAUGGGCCAUGGAGCCUUCCUGCAGCACGUGGUGCUGGCGGCCUGUGCCCUCCUCUGCAUCCUCAGCAUUAUGCUUCUGCCUGAGACCAAGCGCAAGCUCCUGCCUGAGGUACUCCGGGACGGGGAGCUGUGCCGCCGGCCCUCCCUGCUGCGCCAGCCACCACCUAACCGCUGCGACCAUGUCCCGCUGCUUGCCACCCCCAACGCUGCCCUCUGAGUGGCCUCUAGCACUCUGGCGAGAGGCUGGCCCAUUUGGAAAGGUGGCGUGGGACCCCAGCGAGGAGAAUGGGAAGACCGUGAGGAAGGCAGGGCUCCCAGGAGGGCUUGGAGGCACCACAAGCCAGCCGUCCAGAAGAGCUCAGAGGGCUGCCCCCACCCCACCUCCUCCCUGCUGCUUUGUGUUCACCUUCUCAGCAAGGGUCAGGGACAGGCAAAGAGCUCUGCGCUGUAACCACUGGGUCUGGGCUCCAUCCUGUACCCAAAGACAUCCUCCUAGACCUCAUUCUUUCUUGCUCUAUCAUUCUGUUUCAAUAAAGACAUUUUGAAUAAAUGAGCA